AUGUCGCUCGACUUCCCACCGCUCAAAAACGACCUGCUCCUGCGCGCCGCCCGAGGCGAACAGACAGAGCGUGCGCCAGUAUGGGUCAUGCGCCAGGCAGGACGAUAUCUUCCUGAGUUCCGCGAAGUGCGCGCAAAGCACGGCUUCUUCGACGUCUGCCGCACACCCGAGCUCGCGACGGAGGUAACGCUGCAGCCCAUCCGGCGGUACGCAGGCCUGCUCGACGCCGCCAUCAUCUUCAGCGACAUCCUCGUCGUCCCGCAAGCGAUGGGCAUGACCGUAGAGAUGAACCCCGGCCCGCACUUCCCCGAGCCGCUCAACACCCCCGCGGACGUCGCGAAGCUGCGCGCGCACGUCGACGUCGAGCAGGAGCUCGGCUACGUCUUCGCGGCCAUCACGCGCGCGAGGCGCGAGCUCGACGGCGCGGUCCCGCUCAUUGGCUUCUGCGGCGCGCCCUGGACGCUGUUCUCGUACAUGGUCGAGGGCGAGACGAGCAGGACAUACACGAAGGCGAAGACGUGGCUGUUCAAGUAUCCCGAGGAGAGCAAGGCGCUGCUCAUGCGCAUCGCGGACGUCUGCGUUGACUUUCUCGUAGGCCAGAUCAAGGCAGGCGCACAGCUCGUCCAAGUCUUCGACUCAUGGGCCGGCGAGCUUGCCCCGCACCACUUCCGCGAGUACGCGCUCCCCGCUCUGAAGCACAUCGCCUCUUCGGUGCGCGCCCAGCUCGUGGUACAGAACCUCGCCCCCGUCCCGAUGACACUCUUCCCGAAAGGCGCGACCGCGCUGCUCCCCGAGCUCGCGGAGUACGCGGGCUACGACGUCAUCGGCAUUGACUGGUGCAUCGAUCCCGUGGACGCGCGCAAGGCCGUCGGCGGCCUGGUCGCGCUCCAGGGUAACCUCGACCCGAACGUGCUGUACGGUGGCCGCGAGGCCAUCGAGCGCGAGGUGAAGAGGAUGUGUGAACGGUUCAAGGGCGGGAAGGCCCCGAAGGCGUGGAUCGCAAACUUAGGGCAUGGGAUCACGCCGGGUGUGGACCCCGAGGAUAUGCGGUUCUUCUUGGAGUGUGUGCACAAGUACUCAAAAGCCUAA